UGUUAUUAUACUCUUUGAAUUCAUAUAAGUAAACGUUGAUUUCUUACAUCUGAUGUUUUUUUUAAAUUGUAAUUUAAAUUUAAAAAUCAAGGAAUAAUACAAUUACGAUAAUUUUAUUUCUAUUCGCAUAUGUCAUCCAUCAAAAGGCAUCCAUUAAAUAAGUGCAUUCCAGAGUAAACUUUGCUCCGCAACUUUUAACAAUAGUGUUAUUACCUCUUAUUAGUAGUUUUUUUUGCUUGCUUGCUUAUUAUUAUUUUUAGUUGUAUUUGAAUUUUCUGAAAUUAAGUGAAUAUAAAGAAGAAAACAAUGAAAAAUUAGACUUACAAUAGCUUAAGCCAAAAAUUAUCCUAUUUUACUAUUUUAGGUAAGUAAUUUUUAAAUGAAUAAAAGGAUCUAAAAAAACUUGUAGAGAUGUGAAAAAAGGGAUUAAAAAUCAAGAUUAGAUUUUUUAUUUUACUUGUUCCUUAAUUUUUUAUAGAGUAUUUCUUUUAAAAAUCGGUACUGAAUUAGAAUUUAUUUUGAUGAAGUUCAAAUUGCAGAAGUGAUUUGAAACGCGAUUGUAAUCACCGUUCAGUUUGAAAUUCCUCCAAGAAUGAGAAUGGAAAUAUUCAGAAAAAUUCCAAGAAAUUGAAGAUUAAAAAUCGUUCCGAAAUUUCAAUCUAAGAGAAAAUUAAUUGGUCACUUGGCUCAAUUGUUCAAAUUCGUCAAUUCUGUCUCCAUUCAAAAUCCCAGAGUGAAUGUUUUAACACAAUAGUUGAUAAAGCUGAUAAGCGAACAAAUGAAGAGAUACGGAUUGCUUCACAAUGCAAAAACGAUUGUAGAAAAUACCGCAAAAAAGGCACAGAGUAAGCUCUCCGAUGCACAGAAUGUCGCAACCGAAAAAUACAAUGUCGUUGCAAAAAAACUUAGCGAUCAGUCUAUCAUAAUGCAAGAUUUAAAUGCCAAGGCGUUAGAACCGAGCGCACCACUGCCAGAAAAAAUCGUUAAAUGGUGGCAAUGGUACAAUCAACUAAUAGGAAUGGAUACAGUUGAAACAACCAGGAGGCAAGUAAUUGCCCUACAAGAUAAGCUAUUUACGUGUUAUGACAAUAGAAGAACUUUGAAUAAAGAAUUCGCAGAUAACACUGUUAAACUUCAAGAACUCUAUGCAGAAUUACUAUUAACUAAACGAGAGGAUCCAAAGUUUCUGCAGUUAACUAUAGAAGAACACAGGUCUUUGCAAGAACAAAAGAAACUUCUUAAUCAGGUAGCAUUAUUUGAAAAGGAAGAAAGGGACAAUUUCACGCAGCUGGCAACUGCGCUAAAAGACCAUCAAGUUAGCCAAAAUUUAAAUGCACAGACAUACAAGUAUUUGUCUAUCAUCGCUUCUGCCGUAAUAGCGAUUAUAUCAUUGAUUGGUUCAAUGAUACUUAACAAUAGGAGGAUACUAGACGUACGAAAUACUAUAGAAAUAGCACAAGAAAAGAACACUAAUGAACUGUCUAGCAUUAAAAGCAUGUUGGGCUCAUUUGAAACAAAGUUUUCUCAACAAUUAGAAAGUAUCCACAAGAAACAAGAAAAAAUAAAUGCAAUAAGUGCUGAUUUAAACAAGGAGCCAAGUAAAUCUAAUACGUCUAAUAUUCUCGUAUCUUCUGCCAAAUAUUCAGUAAAUUUUGUGAUUUCAGGAUUAAGUUAUGUUAUGAAGGGUAUUUAUGUAUGUGGAUCUUAUAUUUUUCAUAAAUAACAAUUUAUGUACAUCAAUGAAAAUUUACUACAAUGGGUAACUUUUAUUAGAACUUGUGAGUUAUUGAAAAAGCUAUUGAUAGAAAUAUUGUUUUAGGAUUGACACAAAGCUUACUCUCUGAUAAAGUGAGAAACUGUGCUCGCUGUACACUUGCCUACUAAAACGCUCCCUAUUUUUUAUAACUUUUACACGUAAACAUAUGUUGUGAGCAUUUAUUUUCACUAGAACACAUUAUGUAUCAUAAUAAUAUUGUUAAAUUUUACAUAAAGAUAUAAUAUAUAAUAUAUAAUAUGCAAACGCGCUAAUUUAUAAAUUUAAUUAUAAUAUAAAAUAAAUUUUUAUAAGUGCAAAUUAGUAUUAAAUUGUUACGUGAUGGAAAGAUGAAAUAACUUGAGUAAAAUUAUAUAUUGUAUACCUUUUGUUAUACAUUGAUAAAAAAUGUUGUAUAAAUAUGAUAUUUAAGAAUUAAACGAUCAUUACAUGCAAGAAA